AUGGGCCAGAAAGUUUCAAGGGAAAGGAGGGCUGCGUUCCUGACGCCGGUUGAGACCCAAGACCAACUGCAAGCCAAAUUUGCUCACUACCUAGUUAGAAGAUCAAGAGAAUGGGACCUGGAAAAGCAAAAGAUGAUUACAACUACCUUCGAUGAGAUUUUUACCAAGUUUUCGGUCAAAGGCCAGCCACAAGAAUACUGGAAUACGGCCUCCCUGGUGGAAUUUAUCUCUCCUACUCUCCCGGCAGAUUUAAGAUACAUCAUUACGGAUGCUGCUCCUAUCCUCCAUCGCAUGGUUUCACGCCUGGGUUCUUAUCCCUAUCAAACUCGUACAACUGGGACCCUUACCUUGGACGUGCUGCGUAGCGCAGUCAUUAUCAUCAUGCUCCCUUACCACUAUGAUCUUUCGUUCAACAGAACGCCUGACUACGAAUACAAGAGCGUGGAGCAGUACGAAAAGGACCUGCGGUUGAAAACCCACCGACUACUCUUUCAAAGCCUCACUGAGAGUGUCCCCUUACCUGUGGCCGAUCUUCCUCGAAAUGACUGCACUGAUGAAGACCUCAUCCAAGCCCUCCAUGCCCUUUCCGUUGACAACAUCCGUUUCUGGUCCUCGAAAAGGGAUUCCGUAACUAAGGCACCGCCUUUGCCUCCAGCUUUAGCUUUACCGUCCUCGAAUUCCGAUGACUUAACGGGAAUAAUACCACUCGGAGAAUUACGUUCUCUGCUUCGCUUACUUCUGCUAUAUCAAUUCACUCGUGAAGAUCUCGACCCGAAAUGCGAAAGUUUUAAGCUUCAGCUUGAACAAGUCACAGAUUGUGUUCUAAAGGCAUUUUCCCAAAGCGAUGAUGAAAAGCGGGGUGAUGGGGUUACAUGGGAUAGCUUCACGAGAACACUUACAACACAUUUGCCCCGUAUCUUCGACGGUCUGUCGAACUUGUUCACACGUUUCCUUCGGGCCCAAGAACCACAAGCUGAACCAAAACCGAAAUUAUCCCCCAAAGCUUUGGGCGAACCCAUUAUUUGCCAACUAGCUACCUUUAAGCCAACCAUGCCACCAUUAUCCUGGCGGCUGCCCUCCUAUACCGUCCUCGACCAAAAUACCUUCAAUGGAUGCGUAACAUCUCGCACUCGCACCGCCAUGGUGUUGGUUUCCGGAUUACGCAAUACUACUAAUGUAACCUUCGGUAUCCUGCUAGGUGCUUGCUCUGAAGAAAAGCCAUCCGGCGACGAGGGUUACACUUGUAUUUUCCAGCUUGAACCAGUGCAUUGCGUCUACUUUGACAAAAGACGCGAGCUCUCGAAAGUAUCAUUUUCAUCCGACGGCCAAAAUCAAAUCAGUAUCAAGGUCGAUAUUAUUACCGAAAAUUCCGAAUCCGUUGAACUAACAAUCGAAAAUGGUAAGGGAGCAUUUGUAAGAAAAAAUGUGUUUCAAACUGAGGAAGGAAACACACCAAUCACUCAACAUGCGCAAGAAGGGGCCUCUAUCGAAGGGAGUUUUAGUGCUGAUGAUAUCAAAUUUCUUGGCUUUUGA